CACAUGUCUGUAAUUCAAAUGCUACCAGAGGUCUGUUGUGAUUGGAUGACAGGGAAGUUAUAACUGAUGUCUGCAUGCUUGUCUAAAUCUGACAGAGAUCUCACAUGCAAUGCACUUGCCAAAAAAUUGCCCAGAAUUGCCACCAUCUGCAGAGCACAUGCCUAACUUCCUCACAUGUUGUGCAUGUGUCAGGAGCCCUCAGCAUCCGAAUUGCAUUACACUCGUGCCUAACCAUGGCCCAGCCCAUGGCUCAUUAUUCAAGCUAGCAUCGCUCCACAAUUCAAGCCGCUCACUUCCUUACUUGUAUGCUAACUUGUGCCCACGUGCAUGGACUGCUUCCCUCAGUCCCUCAGUCAUGCAUGAGACUUCUGUCAUUUUGGCUAAAACUUGGGUGCCUAUGGACGAGGCUAACCGAUGCCAAAUGUUGUCAAUGGCUAAGGGGGUAAUACCACACCUAUAUUUCUUUUAGUUUUUUUUCUGAGCAAUGUUAAAGAAAUUAAAAAAAAUAGACUUAAUAAUUAUAACUAUUAAUUUUACUGUAAGUCCAAACAUUUAUUGAGACUCGUUACCUAUUCAAUAAUUGUGAUUAUCAAGUCUAAUUUUUAAAUUUAAUUUUUAAAUCAAUAU